AUGAUGAAGACUGAAGGUUUUGGUUGUAUAAGAUACAUGCUUAUUAAACUUGUCAUGUUCUUUGGAGAUGUCAUAGAUGCAAAAGCAAGCCCUCAAUACGGGUCAUUAGAAUCAACAAAGCGACAGUCUACAUAUUCUGAGAUACUAAAUAUGACCAACAACUUUGAGAGGGUUCUUGGCAAAGGUGGAUUUGGAACCGUUUAUCAUGGCUACAUGGAACAUACUCAAGUGGCUGUAAAGAUGCUUUCAGCAUCAUCUGUUCAAGGGUUCCAACAAUUUCAUGCAGAGGCAUGUUUGUCAAAUUAA